CCUUUUAAUCUCUUCGUUUCGGAUCAGUCACCCAACCAACCAACCAUCCAUCACCGCAUUCAUUCACACCCCCAACCAAUCCUCCAUUCUCGGUUUUAUCGAAGCCAGGGAAAGCUCACUCUCGAAAGCAACCCAAUUUCCCCCCCAAGAGAGAAACCCAGAAAGGCGCAGGCAUGGCGAAGAAAGAAGUCGCUUUCAUCGGGGCAAUUGAUCAAGGCACAACCAGCACCCGAUUCAUCAUCUACGAUCAAGACACCAAAUGCAUCGGAUCUCACCAGGUCGAGUUCACUCAGUUCUACCCUGAAGCCGGAUGGGUGGAGCACAAUCCACUGGAGAUUCUGGAGAGCGUCAAAAUCUGUAUGGCCAAAGCCAUGGACAAGGCUACCGCCGAUGGCCAUAACGUCGAUGGCUUAUUGAAAGCUGUUGGGUUGACCAAUCAGAGAGAGACCACUCUCAUUUGGAGCAAGUCCACUGGCCUUCCUCUCUACAACGCCAUUGUUUGGAUGGACGUACGCACCAGUGCUAUGAAAUUGGAGAAAGAAUUCUCUGGAGGAAGGACCCACUUCGUGGAUACAUGUGGGCUGCCAAUCAGCACAUACUUCAGUGCGCUCAAGAUACUCUGGCUGUUGGAAAACGUUGAUGCAGUUAAGCAAGCUGUUAAAACUGGGGACGCCCUUUUUGGAACAAUAGACACUUGGUUGAUCUGGAAUUUAACCGGUGGAAUCAAUGGUGGAUUGCACGUCACUGAUGUCUCCAACGCCUCCCGCACCAUGCUGAUGAACAUCAAGACUCUUGAUUGGGAUAAGGCCACACUGGAAGCUCUGAAAAUCUCACCUGGGAUCCUUCCCAAGAUCGUUAGCAACUCUGAGGUCAUUGGCAAGAUUGAAAAAGGCUGGCCGAUUACUGGCAUACCGAUUGCCGGUUGCCUGGGAGACCAACAUGCUGCCAUGGUUGGACAAGCUUGUCGAAAGGGUGAGGCCAAGAGCACCUAUGGAACUGGUGCCUUCAUACUACUCAACACUGGAGAGGAAAUUGUUAAGUCGAAGCAUGGGCUCCUUACCACUUUGGCAUACAAGCUUGGUCCAAAUGCGCCAACGAACUAUGCUCUCGAAGGUUCCAUUGCUAUUGCAGGAGCUGCAGUACAGUGGCUCAGGGAUAGUCUUGGUAUAAUUAAGAGUGCCAAAGAGAUUGAGGAGUUGGCGCUGAAGGUGGAGUCAGCUGGGGGUGUUUACUUUGUCCCGGCUUUCAAUGGGCUGUUUGCUCCGUGGUGGAGAGAUGAUGCUCGUGGUGUUUGUAUUGGGAUCACGAGGUUCACAAACAGGUCUCACAUUGCCCGAGCUGUGCUGGAAAGCAUGUGUUUUCAGGUGAAGGACGUGCUGGAUUCGAUGCACAAAGAUGCGUCUCAAAAAGAUGGAAAACAGAAGGGAGGAGAGUUUUUGCUUAGGGUGGAUGGUGGUGCUACUGUUAACAACCUUCUUAUGCAGAUUCAGGUUGGUCUAUCAGGGAUGAAUUGCUCUGCAGAAUAGCAGCCACUUUUCCCCCCGGAGAAUCAUGGAUUCACUUAUCAACCAAUUGGUGCCGUGCAUGUAAAUUUAGAUCUUCUCAGGACACGUGGAUCACAACUUGUUUUCCACAUUUUGGGGACAUAGAUAUUGUUGUAUAGUCUGUCCUGAUAAAUUUGAUUAUCUUUUUCAUGCACUUUAACUUCUAGACCACUUAUCUGAGGUGGAAAAGGUAACCAUGUUCUACUGGUUUCAGUCUACUGAAAAUAGGGAAGAGCCAGUACAGUGCCAACUCUCUGUAGGUUGUUUUAGUUUUAGAAACAAAUCCUAUUUUCUGGGCCUUUCAACCAUUCUUGUUAUCUCAUAUAAAGAGAACUAGUUUGUUCAAAUUUCCUGUGUACUUAAUUACUUGAUUGAAAUAGGGGUAUUUGGUAUAGAACUUAUGGUAGUACCAAGCAUUAAAAAAAUCUCUAUGUACUCUGUCAGUUCUCAAUUCAUGGAGAUGAAUGAAUCUCGAAAGAAGAAGGUAUAGUUUUUGGUGAAAGCCUUCGUCUUGAAUCUUCUCUAUCGAAAAGCUAUAUUGUAGUUAUUCAUGCCAUCAAUGUGUUAAUGAUGAAGAAUCAGAAUUUGAGGUUGCUACCAGUUUGUUUGAGUGAAGGGUAUCUACUCUCUGAUUCUGGCUAUGUUUGCAUUUCCCGGUUUAACAGGCAGACUUGCUUGGGAGCCCUGUGGUGAGGCCAGCAGACAUAGAAACAACAGCGCUGGGAGCAGCCUAUGCAGCGGGUUUGGCCAUAGGAGUAUGGAAAGAAGGCGAGAUCUUCGCCUCUGGAGGGACGAGCAAGACGGACACAACUUUCCGCCCAAACCUGGAGGAGAGCUUGAGGAAGAAGAAGUUGGAGUCUUGGGGGAAAGCUGUUGAGAGAACGUUUGACUUGGCUGAUCUCUCCAUAUGAGAAACUGCAGGGAAGAAACAAAGAAAAGAUACACGUGUUUUACAUUGUUAUAGUUACAACUUUGUCUUGCCUUCUGCCCACUCGAAUAAAUCAGUUGGCAAGCUUUAGACGUUGGUGAUAGUUGACUUUGGUUGUAGAGGUUUAGUAGAUACUUUGAAUGGAAUUAUUGAAAGAAGGGGGUUUAUCGUCUCUUUGAAGUGCUCCAUUCGUCUCUUUUUUUGUAAGUAGGU